AUGAGUGUUGAGAAUCGGCAUAUAAAAGAGGAAACUAGCAAUGAGCACCGUGCCGGUGAGGGUUGCAGUGGUGACGGCAGCGCCAGAGAGAUCGGAACCGGGGAAAGUGAACCGGGCGAGGAUGAACGUGAUUGCUACCAGCAGCGCGACACGCGAAUGAUCUACAGUCUCAACAUGAAUGUGUGCCGGUUAUGCCUAGCGGAGGGCCACGGUCAACUGCAACCUGUAUUCUACGCGCAGGACUCGCCGGACGAGAUUCUGCAGCAGAAGAUAUAUGAGCUAACCACCGUGGAGAUAACAUUCGCAUUGGAUUUUCCGACCAGUGUGUGCAUCGAAUGUCUCACCAAGCUGGAUGAGUUCUCGCUCUUUCGACGGCAGUGCAUCGACAACAAUGAAAUUCUGAAGCUAAAGUACUACGAGCUGAAGGCGGAGGCAGAUGCGGAGGACUACUGUACCAAGCAGGAUAGCAAGGACGACGAAGAUAUUCACAUAGCGAAAGUGAAGAAGGAGGAAGAAUUCAUUCAAAUUGAACGAGCGUCCGUAAUCGACGAACAACGGCGCAACGGUACGAUGGACGAUCAGGUUCCGUACGUGGAGGAUGCUGCAGGCAAUGAGAUCAUUAUUGGUGAUGGGCAGGAAGAGUACGAUGCCUCUCAACAACCGAUAACCGGUACGAAGAUACAGUACGUGUCCGAAGAUGGCACAAUGACGGAGUACAUCACGUCCGGUGCGAUAGUGCGCCGAGACAUCGUUAGUCCCUCAGAUCUGGAGGAGCCGGUUGGCGAAGGACAAGAAAUUUACUACACGGUCGGUACAGACACGUACGCCAUCCCGACGGGUGCGGCCGAAGCUGCCAACUAUGUGCCGCAAGGUUUCGCGGACCAGACCGAGAUCGAAUGCACCACGAUCGAGGAUCAUCUGCCGGAAGAGUACGUUGAGGAGGUACCGGCGGUAGCACCCAUAGCCACCGCCAACACACACCUUGUAAUGGCUGCAUCACGUGGCCGGCACGACCGUCCGUUCGUGUGCAAGCACUGCAAAACCAGCUUCAAGUACGAGCACAACUACGACCGGCACAUGAAGAAUCACGCGAAAGUCCUGUACCGUUGCGGCAAGUGUUCGAAAACGUUCGUGAAGCUGCGCAAAUGUCAGCAACACUUCCGGAAGGCACACUCCUCGCAACGGUACGAAUGUGACAUCUGUUACCGGACGUACAGCUUACCGACCCGGCUGGAAAAUCACGUCAUCGAGAUGCAUUCGGUGAAUGGGGUUUAUCGGUGCGAUCGUUGCCAGGGUGAAAUGUUUAGUUCGUACCUUGACUUUAAGGCGCACCGGAUGCGGUACCACCCACGCACGGAUGAUGCCCUUGCGGGUAGUGGGCCGGCGAGUGGUGCGGACCUUACGCCAACCAUAAUCAAACAAACGUCAUUGGGUGAGGAGAUGCACAUGGAGCAUGUACUGUCGUCAAACAAUGCGUACUCAUCGCCGGACAGUCCAACGCUUAGUUCGGACUCGGAGGAACAUCAACCGACGAAAGAGCCGCCAGUGCGUGGAAAACGUCCGGGCACGGGUACCAGCGUGAUACCGCCAAGGACACGGACGCGAACCAAUGGCCAUAGCAAUCGCACGGUAAAGGCACAGAAACCGCACACCAUCGCAACGAGUCCGCUGCAACAGCAACAACCGAACGAGGUCAUCCUAAUCGAUGAUGAUGAGCAGCAGCAGCAACAAGCCGCACAGCUCACGAACGGCACCGGUACUACGCCGACCGUACAUCGGGAGCUGCUGCAGCAGAUCGAGGAAAGUGAAGCAAACUCGGUCGGUCCGAAGAUGUACACCUGCGACAAUUGUCCGAAAACGUUCGUGCAUCUGAACAAUCUGAAAGCGCACAUAUACGCUGAGCACGACAAUGACAAACCGUUCCAAUGCAAGCUCUGUCCGAUAUCCUUCAAGACGAAGGAGAUACUGGUGAUGCACAUGAUGCUCCAUGCGCAGAACAAUGGUGCCACCUAG